ACCCUCACAAACUGUUUUCUCUCUCCUCUCUCUCUCUCUCUCUCUGUAUCUACAUCUGUGUGCUUACUCAGUCAAUUUAUAUGCUUAUUACCUGUAUAUGUAGAGUGAGAAAGAAAAACCAGAACUCUAAUAAGCCAUCAAUUUUGCAGAGAGAGAGAGAGAGAGAGAGAGAGAUGAAAAAGGGGCACUAAAAAAAGGGUCUUUCAUGGGGCUUCAAGGGAUUAUCCUUUUUUUUUGUUUGGUUAAAGAUUGAAGCUUUCUUUUAAUCAAUUCAGAUUCGAGAUUUUGGGUUUCUUGAUUUCUUGAUCCCAAUCAAACAAUGGAGAGGUCUCCAAAUGGUGAAAGGGGUUUCAGAGUACAACCCCCGCUGGUCGAUUCCGUGUCGUGUUACUGCAAGGUCGAUUCGGGGCUAAAAACGGUAGCCGGCGCAAGAAAAUUCGUCCCGGGAUCCAAAAUCUGCAUUCAGCCGGACACGAAUCCGCGCGCGCACAAGUCAAAAACGUCUCGCCGGGAAAGGACCCGAGUGCAGCCGCCGCUCUUACCGGGACUUCCCGACGACCUCGCCAUCGCUUGCCUAAUCCGAGUCCCGCGCGUCGACCACAACAAACUCCGGCUCGUCUGCAAGCGAUGGCUCAAGCUCUUGGCCGGAAACUUCUUCUACUCGCUCCGCAAGAGCCUCGGCAUGGCGGAGGAAUGGGUUUACGUCGUCAAACGAGACCGCGACGGUCGAAUCUCGUGGCACGCCUUCGACCCGACCCACCAGCUCUGGCAGCCACUCCCGCCGGUCCCCGUCGAGUACACCGCCGCGCUCGGGUUCGGCUGCGCCGUCCUUAGCGGUUGCCACCUCUACUUAUUCGGCGGGAAAGAUCCGCUCAAGGGAUCGAUGCGACGCGUGAUUUUUUACAGCGCCCGGACGAAUAAAUGGCACCGCGCCCCGGACAUGCUUCGGAAACGGCAUUUCUUUGGAUCGUGCGUCAUCAACAAUUGUCUUUACGUCGCUGGCGGCGAAUGCGAAGGGAUUCAACGAACGCUGCGAUCGGCGGAAGUUUACGAUCCCAAUCGAAACCGGUGGACUUUCAUAUCGGAUAUGAGCACGGCGAUGGUGCCGUUUAUCGGCGUGGUUUACGAUCAGAAGUGGUUUUUGAAGGGCCUCGGCGCGCACCGGGAGGUUUUGAGCGAAGCGUAUAGUCCGGAAACGAACACGUGGAAUCAAGUUAACGACGGGAUGGUUUCCGGUUGGCGCAACCCGAGCGCGUCGAUGAACGGGAAGCUUUACGCGUUGGAUUGUCGGGACGGGUGUAAGUUACGAGUGUACGACGAGAACACCGAUUCGUGGAACAGAUUUAUCGAUAGUAAGGUUCAUCUCGGGAAUUCCCGCGCGCUCGAAGCCGCGGCUCUCGUACCGAUCAACGGGAAGCUUUGUAUCGUUCGGAAUAAUAUGAGCAUCAGCAUGGUCGACGUGUCGAACCCAGAUAAACGAGUCGAAAGCAAUCCGACGAUUUGGGAGAACAUAGCGAGCAAAGGUCAUUUCCGGAACCUGUUUACGAAUUUGUGGUCGAGCAUCGCCGGGAGGAGCGGAUUGAAGAGCCAUAUCGUACAUUGUCAGGUUCUUCAAGCGUGAAACGGAGACUCGAGGAUGUCGUACAAUUUCAUUGAGAAAUUAAUUGCAGCGAUCGAUUGGAAUUCUCGUCAUCGCGGCGUCGAAAUUUGAGGUAAGAAUUGUACAUUUCCGUAGCUCGCUCGCUCGUAGAAGUUUGUUUUUGUGCGAAUUCGUUAGCGUUUGUUGCAACCUUAAAUUUUUGUGAAUACAACUACGAUACACAUUAUUCGCGUC